GUGACGUCACGGGCCAACAGUCUGGUUAUCAGUCGAUCCUCUCGUUAGCGGACAGUGAAGGUUACCUGCUUCAACAGUGCUUGAACGGCAACCUUUCAGCUGUCUUCAAACCCUAAUAAUCGCUUUGAUCACUCAGACUAUAUUAAUAACAUCAAAUCAAAUUUGAUUUACCUUAAAACAACAGCUGUUUAAGUUAUCCUGAACACGUUUAAUUCGCUUGCUAGCUAGCUGUUUGUUUUGCUAACAACGGACCUCUUUUCGACCUCCUCACAAGAAAACCUGCCACUGAGAUUUGAACCAUGAGUUCCCAAGUGAGACAGAACUUCCACCAGGACUGCGAGGCUGCAAUAAACAGGCAGAUCAACCUGGAGCUGUAUGCCUCUUACGUCUACCUGUCUAUGGGAUACUUCUUUGACCGGGAUGACCAGGCAUUGCACAACUUUGCCAAGUUCUUCCGUGAUCAGUCGCAAGAGGAGCGCGAGCAUGCCGAGAAGCUGAUGAAACUGCAGAACCAGAGGGGGGGAAGAAUCUUCCUGCAAGAUGUCAAAAAGCCAGAGAGGGAUGAGUGGGGCAGUGGAGUUGAGGCCCUUGAAUGUGCCCUGCAGCUUGAGAAGAGCGUGAACCAGUCACUGCUGGACUUGCACAAGCUCUGCUCUGAUCACAAUGACCCACAUCUGUGUGAUUUCAUCGAGACACACUACCUGGACGAGCAAGUGAAGUCCAUCAAAGAGCUGGGGGACUGGGUGACCAACCUUCGCCGCAUGGGAGCUCCUCAGAACGGCAUGGCCGAGUAUCUGUUUGACAAACACACCAUGGGCAAAACAAGCGACUAAACCAUCCAGAUCACAUUUCCAAAAGCUUUCAAUAUAUGUAUAUUUGUAACUUGCUUUCAAAUGUUUUCAAACUUUUGCCAUCUGCAUGGUACCGGCUACUCAUUAAAUCGCUUGUAUUACUCAUGCCAUUAUUGCCAUUUCCUCCACAUUAGUUAAUCACUAAUCCUGUUCCCAGAGCGGUGAGCUGUUCCAUUUGAAGCCCACUCUUGUGUCUUGCCCUUCUCUCUGCUGUCAGCGAUACCUACGUCAUCUCUGUAUUUGCUGCUGUAAAUCAAAAUGAAUAAAACGAACCCUCUGGAUUCUGA